AAGUGAAAUUUGUCUAUUGUUUAUUGUUCAUUGUAGCACCUUUAUAUUAUUUCAGUGCAGUGGUACCCAAAACUGGAUCCGAGCACCGGUUAGUGUUCUUGAGGAGUUUCAUAAAAAUAAGAAACAAUUACACCUCACUCUCUUGAAGUUGUCACUCAAGACAAGCUGUAUCAGAUCCCAUUUGUGUUAUGACUCUACACAAACUAGAAGAAUCUUCUCACAGGGGAGCAAACCUAUCAGACGAGGCUCUGUGUUGUUUUGGGGGGUCUUUGAGAUGAGAAACUUUGAGAAGGGCCUGCCAUAAGGCACAUUCUUCCACUUGCAGAGGGGGGAUGGGAGGGGAGGUUUUGUUGCUCUGGCUCUCCCCCACCAUGUGCAUACCAGAGACAAAAAUCAACCAGACAGACACAGAGCUGCAACUGAGGAACACAACAAAGCCUCAGAAACCACUCAUCAAAAACCUCACCGGGAGAAGAAUCACUUCAUGGGACGUGCAGAGAAAUACAGCAUAAUUAUCAUCUUAUUUAUUUUUCUGCAAGCUAAAAAAGGGGGGGCGCGUGGAGAAGUGGGUGGUGCAUCUGAGCUAGAGAUCCUAUUACAGAGAUCCAGACUUUUUCAUGGCAAGAUUUUUGGAAGUGGGGGGAGGGCAAAUCUGUAACCUUCUCGGCCUGAUGUCUUUUUCAUACCAAGCCUAAUCGGCUCAAAUCUAUACUUUAUAUGGUUUUGAGCUGAUGAUGCGUUUUUUCUUUAUUUGAAGACAGUUUUUGGAGGGACUGUCGUUUGGAUAAUGAAGGAAUUCAGGAGGAUCCAGCAAGCAUCGGACGAGAAGUGCAGAAUAAAAAAGUUUGGGAGGACUGCGAGAAAACUUUGAAGCGCCCCGCAGCUUUUCUUCACCAUGCCGCGUUUGGAAACUUAUUUGGAAUCUAAUGAAGAAAACUUCCGCUUUGGGUUUAUUGGGAAACAGGAUCAUUAAAGUGCUAUGGUAGAAAGUCAGCUUAUUUUUGCACAGUUGAAUCUCUCUCCCAAGAUGUCUUCCCAGGGUUGGAGCCCCAUUGUUGGAUUUUACGGGAUGCUUUGCGUCUGGGCUGCCUGGCUUUCCGGCUAUGAGGCGGUGUUGUCUCCAAACGGGACGAUAUUUGAGGACAACUGCAAGAAAACGACAACUUGCGAGGCACUUAAAUACAACACAUGUCUUGGGUCACCUUUACCGUAUACGCAUACUUCUCUGAUCCUGGCGGAGGACUCCAGCACACAAGAAGAGGCUUUUGAGAAGUUGACCAUGUGGUCUGGUUUGCGGAAUGCUCCUCGCUGCUGGUCAGUCAUCCAGCCUUUGCUCUGUGCCGUCUACAUGCCAAAAUGUGAGAACGGUCGAGUUGAGCUGCCCAGUCAGAGUCUGUGUCUGGCUACACGUAGGCCCUGCAGCAUCGUGGACCAGGAAAGAGGCUGGCCCAACUUCCUCACAUGUGACAAAUUCCCUGUGGGCUGCCCGAAUGAGGUGCAGAAGCUGAAGUUCAACAUGUCAGGGCAGUGCGAAGCCCCCCUAGUGAAGACGGAAAUUCAGUCGAGUUGGUACAAGGAUGUGGAGGGCUGCGGCAUCCAGUGCGACAACCCUCUCUUCACUGAAGAAGAGCACAAUGACAUGCACGCCUACAUCGCUUACUUUGGAACCAUCACGCUCCUCUGCACCUUCUUCACCCUGGCCACAUUUCUUGCUGAUUGGAAGAACUCCAACCGUUAUCCGGCUGUCAUUCUCUUCUACAUCAACGCCUGUUUCUUCGUGGGCAGUAUCGGCUGGCUGGCCCAAUUCCUGGAUGGAGCACGCAAGGAGAUUGUGUGCAAGAGUGACAACACCAUGCGACUUGGGGAACCGUCGUCAUCAGAGACGCUGUCAUGCGUCACCAUCUUCAUCAUCGUUUACUACUCCCUGAUGUCAGGCGUGAUUUGGUUCGUCAUGCUCACUUAUGCUUGGCACACGUCAUUCAAAGCUUUGGGCACCACCCACCAGCCGCUGUCUGGUCGGACCUCUUACUUCCACAUGGUCACCUGGUCCAUCCCCUUCGUCCUCACUGUGGCCAUCCUGGCUAUAGCUGAGGUGGAUGGAGACUCAGUAAGUGGGAUCUGUUUUGUGGGCUACAAAAACUACAGAUACCGUGCUGGGUUUGUGCUAGCACCCAUUGGAGUAGUGCUUGUUGUCGGAGGCUACUUUCUCAUUCGGGGGGUCAUGACAUUGUUUUCCAUCAAGAGUAACCACCCAGGACUGUUGAGUGAGAAAGCGGCCAGCAAAAUCAACGAAACAAUGCUCAGACUUGGAAUAUUUGGAUUCCUCGCUUUUGGCUUUGUUUUCAUCACCUUCGGCUGCCACUUCUACGACUUCUUCAACCAGGCUGAAUGGGAGAGGAGCUUCAGAGAAUAUGUGCUGUGUGAAGCAAAUGUGACAAUCGCCUCUCAGACCAACAAGCCAAUCCCAGAAUGCACCAUUAAGAACCGGCCCAGUCUGAUGGUGGAGAAAAUCAACCUGUUCUCCAUGUUUGGGACAGGCAUUGCUAUGAGCACAUGGGUCUGGACCAAAGCCACCAUCCUCAUCUGGAAACGCACCUGGUGCAAGAUUAUUGGCCGUAGUGACAAUGAACCCAAGAGGAUCAAGAAGAGCAAGAUGAUUGCCAAGGCGUUUGCAAUGAGAAAGGAGCUCCACAAGGACCCGGAGAAGGAGCUGUCGUUCAGUAUGCACACUGUGUCUCAUGACGGGCCAGUUGCUGGAAUCAAUUUUGAGAUAAAUGAGCCAUCCAAUGACAUGUCAUCAGCUUGGGCGCAGCACGUGACUAAGAUGGUGGCCCGACGAGGUGCCAUCCUGCCUCAGGAUAUCUCUGUUACUCCUACUGGUACACCAGUGCCACCUCCAGAGGAGAGGAACAGGCUAUGGAUGGUGGAGGCUGAGAUUUCACCAGAGAUGAUGAAGAGGAAAAAGAAGAAGAAGAAAAGGAAGAAGGAGGUACGUCCGGUGGAGGACGUGGUGGACCACCAGGCUUAUCGCCAGCGUGAGUUUGGCCGCAGCUCAGUGCCCCGCCUGCCCAAGCUGCCCUGCCACCCGAGCCUAGUUGCCAAUCUGCGGGAACAGCAGAGGCAACAGCAAAAGCUAGAGGAGGAAGUCCUGCCAGGGUCCUACCCAGACUUUCAACCCUCACACCCUCUGUCUUGUGAGGAGAGGUGUCCCUACCCGCCCUACCAGAGUAGCCGGAAUCGGUACGACCGCAGCUUGCACUCCAACCCCCUGACCUUCAACGACCGCCCAGAGGAUCUGGGCCUUGGCCCGCGCUGCCUCCCCCCAGCCUACACCUGUCAGCCCAGCGGAUCCUCCCGCUACCCUGGGGAGAUGGAUCUCACCGAGGGGCUGUCAGAGAGGUUGGCCCAUGUGGCUCGGGUACCAGCAGGCCGGAGGGCCGGCUAUGGACCCAUUCACUCCCGGACUAAUCUAAUGGAGGCAGAGCUUAUGGAUGCUGACUCUGACUUCUAAGAGCAUAGCUCCAUUAUAUUCUGGCGGUUGCUUUGUGGUACACAGACAGUAAGCUAGUAAAAGUGCUGGAUACUUUCAAAUUCUUACUAAGGUGCACCUAAUUCCCAAUUCCUGGAGGUGAAGAUGGAACUAAGCUAGUCAGUUUUUUAUUUUUAUUUUUAUUUUUUUUUGUUUUGUUGUUUUUUUCAGAAAAAGGAAAGGGAUAAAGAGGAAAAUAUGUUGUGAAUAAGUUAAUGAAAAUGUAUGAAAAGUAUUUUUAUACGUUAUUUGUGUCCAGUACAAUUUCAUUGGCAACUCCAUGAUGACAAGACAAAUGAGGCAGCUAAACUGUACAUGGCUUGAAACAAUAUAGAUAUCUUUAUUCUGAUUCCUAUCAGCCCAGCCCUGCUUGUGACAAGAUGAAACUCUAUAUGUGACGGGAUUAGUCCUGUUGGUGUCAGACAAGUCAAGUUGUCAGUCAAAAAUGUUGUCAUAACUGCCAGUUGGCCCAGUCAAUUUAUUUGGGGGAUUACCAGAAAGGACGCUACAUUCUGAGGUCUAGGUACUAUAAUGCGACUAUUUUUCAGUCAGUUGAACCUUAAUCUUUGAUUGACCACUUGUGUCAUAAAUAUUUGAACUGUCCCAGUGCAGUAAAACAUGACUCAUGUGGUGAACUACACAGGUUAAAAAAUGCUACGGGCAAUUUGCAAAAAACUGUUUGUCCCAGGUCCUCUUUUGUAUUAUAUUUUAAUGUCUUUGAGGCUCCAUUGCUGUCUUCCCACCACUAUUUAGCCAAUAAUUACUUGUGUUUAUGUACUAACCAUUAUCUCUAUUGCUCUAUUAAUACUAAUGUUACAACAGGUGUCUCAAACUGGUCUGAUAGGAUUUCCAGAGGUUUCUUUUAGAAUUUGUAAAAUACAAUGAGACUUUCACUGAGGCCUGGAUGUACAAAAAGAAAAUGGUAAAAGUACAUGGACAAAACACACUGUGAAGAGUUACUUAUAAUUAAAACUGAAUAACCCCAAUUAUUACUUUGUCCUUACAUUCCCUCAUUUGGUCAUUAACAAAGUGAUAGUGGCAUCAUUUUGUCAAAUAGAUAGCUUUAUUAAAAAUUUCAAACUGUAAUACACACUAAUUAUUUGCAUACAUUCUGUUGCCUCUGGUAUUUUUUACCUGAAGAAAAAAAAACGUCCUCCUAGUUUUUUUUUAGACUGAUUUGAAUAGAAUGGCCACCUUCUCUCAAUGACUUCUCCUUGUAUAUUUCAGAGCAAUGUUUCCCCCUAGUACAAGUAUUUUUUUAAAAGGGUUAUUUUUUUACAGCAGUAUUUCUACUUUUUUUUUUAUUCUGUUGUUCAUAUUCAUCUAAACUGGGCUUCAUGUGUGUUUCCUGUUCUCUUCAGUCCAGUUGAAAAUCUUUUGUAUCAUGUUUCAUACACUACAGUGGCCUUAAAAGUCUCUUUUUACCCCUUUUACCCCCAUCUUCAGUCUCUCUUUCUAAGUGUGUGUACUGUAUAUAGGCUGUUUAUAGAUUUCUCACUAAGGGUAUUAUUUGUACAGAUUUAUAUAUCAAAUCACUUGAUUACUCUGCUGAGAUGAUAAAUAAAAAGGGAAGAGUCAACUGUGCUAUUAAAAGCUGUCACUGUACUUGUGCUGUAACCAAAAUUUCCCCCUAUAUGUAAUAUCUCUCUUACUGUGGAUAAAUGAUGCUAAAGUAGACUGUGAUAGAACGCUUUUUAGCCACUGCAAGCUAGUUUGUCUAAUGUACGUCCAGUUAUUCAUGUGAGAUGUGUAUGAGAGAGAAUUAUUUAUGUUAUCAGUAGCUGAGCUGGCUGCACCAAACUGCUCUGAAUUCAACAAUAUAGUGAGAUUGGCAUCAGAAAUAAAGCAGUACCCACCCAAUAAGGCGAUGUUAAAAUAUGAUCAAGAAAUUAAAUGAAGAAUUCUUUGGAAAUUAUUGAAUUACUUGUCAUGGCCUGAAAAGUGAUAAAUUCUGUUUUUGUAAGCUGUCAAAAGAUUUAACAGCAUGUCUUUGUGUGUUGCUUUAUCUGUGUAGUCUCCCAACUGUGUAAAAAAACAAAACAAAAAAAAAAAACCGUUAACUGUCACUUAUUGUGCAGCUGUACUUUUUUGUUUUUAUAUGUAAAUAAACGUAAUCCUACACUUUU